UGUGCUUCUUCAUACCGAUAUUCAUUAAACUCGUCGCCUGGCAAAUCGUCAGCGUAUGGUAGCUCGUGUAUUUCAUCAUACACGUUUCCUCCGAAGUACACUUGAUGCUUCUCGUCAAGUAUACCAUCAUAAUCAUAAUCCUUGCAAGACAUCUGUUCGAGAUGUUCGUUGGGGGUUGUUUCUGCAUACGUCUGCGUUUCCUUCUCUUCGGCGAGCUUGAGCGUUUCGACAGGCGAGAUCGACUUCAUUAUAGGAAGCGAUUGUGGACCACUACGCCGUUCACAUGAUUUGUUAUUUUGAUAAACUAUGUCGGAAUCUUCUUCAGGAGCAGGUUCUAUCGCUGCCGGCGAGCGCCCAGCAAGCCUUCUAUCUGGUGACGGCUUCGGUGUAGAGUCAAACUUCACCGAAGACUGAUCAACCUGAACAAUGAUAAUAAUAACAACGUAACAAUCUUCUUCGUAGGGGAGGCUCAAUAUGUAACUUACAUUUUUGUUUUGUGAGGAUGGAGGAUUGGCGGGUGGUAAUAACGGUUCUUGAGAAAAGUUUGGCCUUAUGCUUUUAGUCAGAAGGUCCUUCAUUGGUGACGGGGUACCGAGUGGGGUAUUUGUUGGCUGGGUGGCGUCUGAUUGCCACGUUCCCGGGGAAGUGGUCUCCUUUGACAUCGAAGUUCCUGACUUUCGGCGCUUGCGCGCUCUAGUUGGGAUAACUGGUUGGAGACUUGCAACAGAAGGAGAUGCAUCCGCGCUCAACAUAGUGGAAACUCCUGUGAACAUUUGCAUAAAGAAGUCGAUGAAAUAGAAGACGAAGAAUGUAACGAUGAGGGCUGCAAUUAUCGUAGCAGAGUCAAACAUAAGCGUAUCGGUGACGGUGUUCAAGUCAUCAGGAGCUGUUGGGUCGUGA